AUGAGAAUCAAUGUAGCACCAGAGGCAGUCGCACGCCGGCACGAAAGGCCAUCAACCCUGUGUCAAGGCUCCAUGACGCAAAAUGCCUCCCAUCGCGUCCUCUCUGAGUGCGGAGGCUUGUCGCUGCUCCGACCGGCAGUACACGCGACGUUUCGACUUCCGCGCCAGCACAGCCGCCAAGCUCUGUCUCUGCUGGCCGCAUUUGCCGUUCUUGCUUGCCUGUGCUCUCCCCGCGUCAGCGCCAUCAGCGACGCUUUUGAGAAAGUGCCCAAUGCGUUCAGCAGCACCGGUACCGCCGUGCGCGCUGUCUACGAGGCGAUGCAGCUCACCAGCGACAACUUUACGCUGGGGAGCUGGGAGCCGCUCCGCAGCAAUGCCUACGUGCUCUGCGACGCCAACGGCGACAGCUUCAGCGACGCCGCCGCGAGAAGUGCCUCGCCUGCAGUGGAUUUCAUCGCGCAGGCGUGGUGCACCUCGUAUGGAAGGGGUAUUCUUGUUAACCAGUCUGUGCACUGGAGUACGAUGGCCCCGCCUGGACUCCAGCUGGGAAACUCGUCGAUGCUCAGCAGUCGCGCACUCUUGUGGGACUGUCUUACCUACUCAUGCGACAUGGAGAACUUAAUUGUGGCACACUCGGCUGGGCAGGCGCCGCCCCCAGCCGUUGGUGGUCUCGGUGUUUCCACGCCUUGUUGCGGCUCCACGAACAGCACGUUCGUGCUCUACAUGACGCGGGGCCUACUGGUGCAGUCCGCCGCCUUGCCUGUAGCCGCCUUGAACCGCGAGGCCGAGGCUCUCUACAGCUCCGUCAUAGAUGAAGAAAAUACGCGCAAUCCACUCAACGAGUGCAGAGACACGGGCAGCAGCCGCAGCGGUGCCGGUAACAGAGCACUCCGCUCAUCGAAGUCCUGCUCGACUGCCGCGGCGGCAUCCCUUGCGGAGGCCGCCACCACUCCAUCCAGGUCAAAGGAGAUGGACUUCUGUCUAGUGCGUCAGCUCCCACCUUCUUUGUUCGCCGGCAGCGCUCGCUCAGAUCACGGCGACGGCGGUGUCGUCUUCUCCGUGAACGCGUCCAUCUGCGGCGCCGAUAUCACUGAUCGCAUCAACGAGCAGGACGCCACGCUUAUCAUGCGCGGCUACACGGCGGUGCUGACCACGGCAGAGGGGGUCGAAGAACUUUCCUUUCCAAAGGAGCUUAUCGUGAGUAUGGCGUCGUGGAUCGCAUCCCCCCAGAACAACUCCUCCUCCUGCUAUGACGGCGAGCAGAGUCUGCUGCGCAAGAAGGGGUGCUGCACUUGGGGCUUGAACGCGAGCCAGGCCACCGCGUACCGCACUGGGGAGUACCUUGAAUGCCCUUUCGACCCUUCGGCUCUCGCGCAUCUGCCACCGCUCGUACUCUCCGUGCGCGACGAGUUCAUCGUCAGUACGGAUGAGACGAGCAAUGCGUGCCGCAUCGCGCUGCACCUCAGCUCCUGUAUGACACCAGAUGGCAAAGCACUUCGCUUCUACUCUACCGGAUCGCUUGUCAGUAUGUUAGAGCGCCACAAGCACACCAUGGGAGACUAUCGCGAGCCGCCGAUCGUAGUCGGGAUGCAGCAGCUGCGCGGCGCCACCGUCGCGGUAACACGGCGUGCACGGAUCUCCAAGUGGUCCAGCGGUGCCUCCGAUGCAGGGUACAACCUGCCUCUGCUGUAUCUAGCGGUGCCGCGCGGGACGGCGGUUGCUGCGGAUGUGAACACGCUGGGCGCCUUGUGCGUCACCAGCGCUGCAUGUGGCACGCAUCAAACGUUCUACCCAUCGCUAAACCGGUGUGCCUACGUGCCUUGUACGCGUGUGUUCCUGUACUCCUUCGACGCCGACACGUUCACCUGCACCCCGCGCCGUACCUUCGUCGGCAUCUUCGCCACCUUGUGCUUUACUCUGCUGGCCACCGAAGGCCUUGUACUGUACCUCCGCCGCAAGACGGAGUGGGCCAAGGAGGUGCACAUGCGACUGGUACGGCAGGUACAGCGGCGAGACACGGAAGCCGAGUGA